AAUAGUAUUACAAUUAAUAAAAUAAAAUAAUAUGGCAUCGGCUUCUAGUUCAAGUGCAAGACAUUUAUUUGAUGAAUCCAAGACACGCCUUUGUGCCCGUGUGGGCGUCAAUGUUAACAAUUUGGGCAGCGUUACACGGCAAAUAGUCAAGUACAGCGAAACAAAUGAAAUUAUGCACCAGACACUCAAGAACUUUACACAAGUCGAUGUGGUGUCGGACUAUAGUAAACAGAAUCUACAGAAAAUGUCGUUAAUACUACAGCAUGUGGGUUAUCAGUACGAUGUAAUGCAAGACAGUGUGAACCAUUUGGAUUAUCUCAAGGAACAGGUGACGGCCAUGGAAAGAUGAUUGGAAGAGCAAAA